UGUCAGGAUUACCCUGGAUGAGGUUAUUUCAGCAGAUUCUGAAUCAGAUGGGUGUUGCCCUGUCCAGACAUAACGAUACAGUAUCAUUAAAGUAUCCGACUUUGCUGUAUCUUUACACCAACUACAGACUAACGCCAAACAUUUAAUAAAAGACAGGAUGGUGGAUCACCCUGAGUUUGAGCAAGCAGGCAAGCAGCCUGGGCUUCAAGUGUGGAGAAUCGAGAAGUUUGAUUUGGUUGCGGUUCCUGAGAACCUAUACGGAGGAUUUUACACAGGGGAUGCCUAUCUGGUCCUUAAUACUAUCAAACAACGCUCUGGCAACUUGCAGUAUGACCUUCACUUCUGGCUGGGCGAUUACUGCACGCAGGAUGAGAGUGGGGCGGCUGCCAUUUUUACAGUCCAGAUGGACGAUUAUCUGGGUGGAAAGCCCAUCCAGUACCGUGAAGUCCAGGGCCAUGAGUCCAAAGCUUUCUUGGGCUACUUCAAGAAGGGUCUCCAGUACAUGAAAGGUGGAGUUGCCUCUGGGUUCAAGCAUGUGGUCACCAAUGAAGUUUUGAUGCAGCGUGUGCUGCAAGUCAAAGGUCGACGUGUCGUCAGGGCAACAGAAGUUCCAGUCAGCUGGGACAGCUUUAAUCAGGGAGACUGUUUCAUUUUGGAUAUGGGUAAUGACAUCUAUCAGUGGUGUGGCUCAAAGAGCAACCGCUUCGAGAAACUAAAAGCUACUCAGCUCGCGAAGGGCAUUCGUGACAACGAACGCAGUGGACGCGCCCGCGUGUAUGUUUGCGACGAAGGAAUGGAACGAGAGAAGAUGUUGGAGGUUCUUGGAGAAAAGCCAGACUUGCCUGAAGGAGCAUCUGAUGACAUCCAGGCCGAUGCCUCCAACAGGAAGAUGGCCAAACUCUUUAAGGUGUCUGACGGCAGUGGAGACAUGACGAUUGCCCUGGUGGCCGCUGAGAAUCCUUUCUCUCAGAGUGCACUGGAAUCAAGUGACUGCUUCAUCCUGGACCAUGGCUCAGAUGGCAGGAUCUUUGUUUGGAAAGGCAAAGAUGCCAAUAUGGAGGAACGAAAGGCCGCCAUGAAGGCAGCAGAUGAGUUCAUAAAGAAAAUGGGUUACCCCAAGCACACCCAGGUGCAGAUUCUUCCUGAGAUGGGCGAGACUCCUCUGUUCAAGCAGUUCUUUAAAAAUUGGCGUGACUUGGACCAGACUGAGGGCUUGGGUGUGGCUCAUGUCUCAAACAGCAUCGCUAAAAUUGAAAGGGUGCCGUUUGAUGCCUCCACCCUGCACGACUCUCCGGCCAUGGCCGCUCAGCAUGGCAUGAUCGACAAUGGUGCGGGAGAGAAAAAGAUCUGGCGUAUCGAAGGUGCAGACAAGGUUGAAGUAGAUCCUUCCACUUACGGCCAGUUUUAUGGAGGAGACAGUUACAUAAUCCUAUACAGUUAUCAGAGCAGAGGCAGACAGGGCCACAUCAUCUACAUCUGGCAGGGUAAGGACUCAACACAAGAUGAGAUCGGGGCAUCUGCCAUCUUAGCCGCCCAGCUGGACGAUGAGCUUGGAGGCGGACCUGUGCAGAUGGCUGGCGGUUCUCUCACCACACAGGUGCGGGUGGUCCAGGGUAAGGAACCAGCUCACCUGAUGAGUCUGUUCGGAGGUAAGCCCAUGGUGGUCCACGUAGGUGGGACGUCCAGGGAUGGAGGUCAGACGGCGCCAGCCGAAACGCGGCUGUUCCAAGUGCGCUCGAACUCUGCAGGGUGCACACGAGCAGUGGAGAUUGAUGCAGUGUCAGCCAAUCUCAACUCCAAUGAUGCUUUUGUCCUGGUGACCCCGUCUGCCUCUUUCACGUGGGUAGGCCAUGGUGCCAGUGAUACAGAGAAACACGGGGCACAGCAACUAUGUGAAAUCCUUGGAGUUUCAUCCUCAAUGCUGAAUGAAGGAAGAGAAAAUAACAGCUUCUGGAAUGCUCUGGGAGGAAAGGCAAAUUACCGCACAUCCACCAGGCUAAAGGACAAGAUGGAUGCCCACCCACCAAGACUGUUCGCCUGCUCCAACAAAACUGGCCGCUUCAUUAUUGAGGAGGUGCCUGGAGAGAUGACCCAGGAAGACCUGGCUACAGAUGAUGUCAUGAUCCUUGACACCUGGGAUCAGGUGUUUAUUUGGAUUGGUAAUGAGGCUCAUGAGGAGGAGAAGACUGAAGCUAUGGCUUCAGCUGCCCGAUACAUUGAGACCGACCCAGCCAACCGUGACUCACGCACACCCAUCGUGAAGAUCAAGCAGGGCUUUGAGCCGCCCACUUUCACGGGCUGGUUCUUGGGCUGGGACGACGACUACUGGACCACUGAUCCUCUGGAGCGAGCCCUGGCUGAGCUUGAGAUUUGAACCUUCUCCUCCUUAAAGCCCUCAGCCUUACUGCCUUGCAAGAAGAUCAUAGAUCUAAUGGUCAUAAGUGGGUUUAGUCAAAACCCAUGCUGCCAUGUGAGCAAUAUAAAAGGUCAACUUUUAAUUAAAGCACCUUACUACACUUAAGUUUAUUAACUAUUCAUAUUUUGCUUCUGUAUUUAAGUGUUUGUUAUCUGCAGUCAGUCAGCCAUGUUAACGGUUUCCUGGAUGGGGCUUCUUAUAUUCCCAUGCUAAAAUGCAUGCUUGAGCUGCCUUCAUUUACCAGUACUGUUUUUUGUAAGGUAUGUUUGUAAAAACUGCUAAUCUCUGUCUGGGAAACUGCCAAAAUCUUUUUUGUUUACUAUGAACUAGCAACAGUUUAAGUAGCCCAGUGUUUUGAUUCGAUUAGAUUUUUUAUAUUUUGUGAGUGUUUACAGUACAGUACCACCAAAAUACUGAUAUAGGAGACAGUAUGCUGCAGUACUGUAGGUGACCUCAUAAAAAAUAAGGUUUUAUCCAGCACUUUUAUUUUUAAGAGACUAUGGUUUAAUUUUGUGGCUGUUUUAUGCAAUUCUCAUCUGUCAUGGGCUAUGUUCAAAAUAGUAUACUACCAGACUGCACUGUUUCUGUUAUGCAUAAGUAUACUGUGCAGAGUAGGGAUGUUUUCUGUAUAGUAUACGCCGGAAUCUGUCAGAAUGUGCUGUAUACUUGAUUUACCAUUUACAGUAUGAUAAGUCGGAUAUAAUAUCAAGUUUAAUAUCUUUUCUUGACUGAUAAAAUAUAGCAGGCAGUAUGCAGUGUAUAUGAAAGGAAUAAUUGACGACGAGCCGUUGAAUUAUUAGAAAAAUAAUGCACACUAAACCUCGAGUGUGCAUUAUUUUUCAAUAAUUCAACGGCACGGAGUAAAUUAUUCCGCUUAUACUACGGUUACCACAAUUCAAGAUCACAUGAUAUAUUUCAAGGGAUUCGUCCGGUUUUUGUGCUUAAAUCGCUAUGUGAUUAGGACUAUUUCUUCCGCGUUUCAUUCAACGGCUCUUUUGCUUGUUGCAAAACACAAUUUUUAGGCUGGCAAUGGAGGCUUGAGCCGUUGAUAGCAUUCUAAUGCACUUAUUAAUGAAGUUAUUAAAAAAGACAGACACACACACAGAGAGAGAGAGAGAGAGAGAGAGAGAGAGAGAGAGAGAGAGAGAGAGAGAGAGAGAGAGAGAGAGAUUAGGCUACCUCUCUAAACGGCGCUGUUAUUGCCUCGGAAAACCGUCUGUCAUGUUGUGUUUGUUCGUCCUUUAUUACAGUUAACUAUGCGACGUGAUAUGGAACUGUAAUGCGGUCAAGAAAGCUGCCUGGAACUACGUUUGCCGUGCGUUUCGCAGAAAAUAAUUGCACACCUCAGAACGUUCAUCAGCCAAUCAGAUUCAAGCAUUCAACGGACCCGUAGUAUAAGUAAGGGAUAAUGUAGAGGCAGCCGGUAGUUAUUGGGAAAUAAGCCCCGACAGUGUGAUCAGGACCCGACGCGAAGCGGAGGGUCUUGUAUCACACUGAAGGGGCUUAUUUCCCAAUAACUACCGGCUGCCUCUACAUUAUCCCGCUUAUUACACGGCUACUUGCCACAGAAGAAAAAAAACUGGACAUGAAUAUGAAUUUGAAACAUUUUAUUGGCAUAUUUGUUUUAAAUUAACAUUUUUAUCCUUCCGCGAAACUUUGCACAGAUGCAUACAAUGAUCGUAAUACCUUAUUAAGAUCCUCUGCUUCAUACUUGUCUGUCUCCAUUUUUUUCUCUUUAACCAGUCGAAGUUUUAAUGCCCAUUCUGUAUUUUUUUGUGUGUAGGCUUCGUAGCUGUCAUGCUCUAUUUUGUCAAGUUCAGUCUCAGUAAGCUCUCUGUGUCUUGUCGUGGUUGUCGAGUGUUUGUCACAAGAUGGCGCCAAACAGACAGUAAUCUUUAUUGAUCUUUAUUGGCGCGGAGCGAUUUUACUCGUGCAAGUAGUUCCGGCUAUGCGUUAUUAUUUUGGAGCGGUUAUUAUUUGAAAAGAACGAACCUGCAAAUGUCUCAACUGACCAAUCAGAAUCAAGCAUUCCAGAGAGCCGUGUAAUAAUGUACUAUAUUCAGUAAGCAGUACGUUAGUAUUCUAUUUUGAUAUAGCCGUGGUCAUGCUACUUAAUAACAAGCAAUGAUGCCUGCAGAGGGCACUGUGAGAUGCAUAAUCUUCAUAACAGUAAUCUCCAUUAAAUCGUUUCAGAAAUUAAAUAAGAAGGUUUACGAAUUUCUGUUUGUCUCAAGAUUUCCAGCUCAGACAUAAUUUUCUAUUACAGCGUUACUUGACAGACAGUCAGCAACUGCAUUGUUCUCAAUGUUAUCUAAACAUCAUUUCCUAGAAGUCCAUAUGGAAUGUUAAAACUGAAAGGGCUGAAACCCUGCCUUAUGUCUAUUUAUAAAGCUUAGAUAAUUGUUAACAUAUGUUUAGGUUAACUCUUUGAUGAUCACAGCGAGCACUACUCCUCUAUGCAGACCCCAUACCAUGCAAAAAGUGCUGAAAUUCGCUAGAAAAUCAGAGCAUUAUUUCAGACUGCUGCUUGUGCAAUUCAUUCUGUACCAAACAAAUGGUUUUCUUAGUAAUACAAUAAAGAACCAAAACCUUUAA